GUGCAACCUGCCCAUUUGCUCGUAUCUGCUUAAUAAGGCACUAAGACCUUCAGCCACAAGAAGGAAAAGAUACGGCAGAGAGGAUCCCUAGCGUAGCCAGAUCAAUCGUUCCUUCAUCAAAAGGAAUAGAAUAACCGACAGAGAUCACACAUUCCAUGAUCAAUCCUACCCACACCCCAUCAAAGCCUAAGAAGAAUUUCUUCUUUAACUAAAAUGCUAUGAUCGUUGCAAAUCCCAAUCUAGGCUCAUCGUAUCUAUAUUCUAUAUAGUUGCAAAAGCUCAAAGAGACUUGUGCUCUGUUUGGAUUGAAGGUUAGGGAGUAUAAUUGAUGGGUGGUAUAUUAAGCCUAAAUAAUCACAAAACCAUCUUGACUGCGGCAAAUGGGGCUUCACAGAGUGACACACGCAAGAGACGGAGGAUUUCAGCUAGUUUCAGGGAAGAUGAUCCACCUUGGUUGAUCCCCAACCUUCCUGAUGAGAUAUCCUUUCAAAUUCUUGCGAGACUUCCUAGAGCUUUUUACUUGAAAGCCAGGUUGGUUUCGCGUAGAUGGAAAUCUGCUAUUAUGAGCCCCGAACUAUACAAAACAAGAAAAGAACUCGGGACAACCGAGGAGUGGCUCUAUGUUUUGACUAAGCUCAAUGAUGAUAUGCUUUUAUGGUAUGCCUUGGAUCCCGUCUCAGGGAAAUGGCAACGGUUGCCACCAGUGCCCACCAAAGAGUGUGCACCUAAAACGAUCGGGAUCACAGAUGCCGUAAGGCGUUUGUUCAGGAAAAGGGAAUCCCUUGACCAUAUCCCCUUUUGUGGUUGUGCUAUUGGAGCCAUGGAUGGGUCCCUCUAUGUCUUGGGAGGGUUUUGUAGAGACUCAACCAUGAGGUGCGUUUGGCGUUACGAUCCGAUAAAGAAUGUUUGGGAUGAAAUCAGCCCGAUGUCCGUUGGUAGAGCUUAUUGUAAGACUGGCAUCCUGAAUGGGAAGCUUUAUGUGGUCGGAGGUGUAACUCGGGAUCCAGGCGGGCUUACCCCACUUCAGUCAGCAGAAGUGUUUGAUCCCCUGUCCGGCGUCUGGACGCAAAUCCCAAACAUGCCCUUCGCCAAAGGCCAUAUGCUUCCAAAUGCCUUCUUAGCCGAUUUUCUCAAACCUAUAGCCACCGGGAUUUCGACUUACAGAGGAAAGCUUUACGUCCCUCAGAGUUUGUAUUGCUGGCCAUUCUUUCUCGAUGCCGGAGGGGAGGUUUACGAUCCGGAAACAAACAGGUGGGUUGAGAUGCCAGUAGGGAUGGGGGAGGGGUGGCCUGCCAGACAGGCCGGGACGAAGUUGAGUGUGAUUGUUGAUGGUGAACUCUAUGCUUUGGAUCCUUCUGGGUCAACAAAUGCCGCUAAGAUAAACGUGUAUGAUUCCCAAGGUGAUGUUUGGAAGGCAAUUGAAGGGGAUGUGCCAAUUUGUGGUCUUGCCGAUUUGGAUUCUCCUUAUUUACUAUCAGGGUUUCUUGGAAAGAUUCAUGUGGUAACUAAGGAUGGAAAUCAGAAUAUUGUGAUCUGGCAAGCAGAUAGGCAUAAUCAGCCCAUUCCAUCUUCAGGCACGUAUGGUUUCGAUGCAAAUAUAUGGAGAGUUAUUGCAUCAAAGAGCAGUGGAUCAUCAGAGCUUGUCAGCUGUCAGCUUCUUGAUAUUUAGCGCUGAAGGUCAAUGUCAGUUGGAGUCAAUCCCAUCUCUUUGGCUCUGUUUGUUUAGAGAAAAUUUUCCCUGCAAAAGUUCUGAUUUUGCUUUUGUUUGGCAUUGGUUUGUGGAAAGUGAUUUCUUGUUCUAAAAGUGUUCUAUGUUUUCUAUUUUUGCAGGACACAUUAUACAUAGAACUACUUGUUUUCCAGGAAAACAUUUAUCCAGAAAUAACUUGCCACACUAAGUUAUUUUCCAGGAAACAAACAGAGCUUUAGUUUUGAGUUUUUUUCAAGAAUACAUUCUCAUCCCGCUCUGGGGAAGUAAGCUUAUUCACUCCCCCCUAUUCAAUUAAUAUGUGGUAUAUAUUAAAGAAAGUAUUGUUGUGUGACUGUAUGAUAAACAUUAGGAACAGCCUAGAUAAAUAAUUAUUGUCUGUACACAAACAUUAGAUCGUGUGGAGUUGCGAUUGUUGAAAAAAGUCUUACUGUGCAAAUACUUCUUAGUCGUUCGGCUAAAGUAUUGGAGCGACUGGGCUAAGGAUUGUGUUGUUCAGGCUCCCACCGGCUACUUUGGCAUCCACCUGAGUACAUCAAUGAAUGUGCUGAUUACCUGUUUUGAAGUUGUUAACCUUAACUGCAACGUUCAUCUUGAUCUCAAUACUCAGUAUAUGUGAUACAGAAAAAUUAUUUUUACUUUGGGUCUAGUGAGGAUAUUUUAUGUCAUUUAUAUUUCUAUUCACAUUCUACUCAUUGUAUAGACUAGUCAUAGACUUCAUUGUAUAAUUCUGGUUUUAGAAAUAGCAUUCUUAUGCUCAAUAUUCAUUCUGUGGCUCAUACAUUAUAUGUUGUUAAUAUAUUGGCCUAAGAACAUACAUAAAAGGAACAUAUUAUUUAUACUUACACAGAAUUGAUUUGUUAUAA